GUCGGCUGGCCGGUAACCGGAAAAUACUUUGUUUACACCGACACAGUCCACGCUGCUGCGCUACCAAUGCUAACAUCCGUUAUUUGUUCAUAUGCGUGGUAGCCAUAUGUUUGAUCAAUUCUAACUUUUGUACAUAUUAAAUUACAUUGUUGUUGUUAUUCUGGAAUUUCGUUUUCAUGUUUAGUUUGUCGUUUGUCUCGAGACUGAACUGUGUUCAUCGACUCCAGUUCUCUUCCACAAACAUGCCCAGAAAACUGGUCAAAGGUCAGCCUGUGAGCGAGGACCCCGCACGGGAUCAAGGUCCGGUGGUCCGUGGCAAAAGCGGCGCGGUUACCAUCACAGUGCACGUGAAGCCUGGGUCUAAACACAACGGCGUUACAGAUGUUUCUACAGAGGCGGUGGGCGUGGCCAUCGCCGCGCCACCUACAGACGGGGAGGCCAACACCGAGCUGCUGCGUUACCUGGCGGAAGUUCUGGAUGUGAAGAAGAGUCGUGUUACUCUGGAAAAGGGUUCCAAGUCACGAGACAAAGUCAUCAGCGUGGACUCAGCGCUUGGCCCGGAGGAAGUUCUGCUACGGCUUAAGAAGGCAACAGGAUGAUGGUGUUUUAAGUAUUUCACCAAUCUCGCGCACUUUGCAAAUUAUAUGUCAUUUCCAUUGUGCGCAAGCAAUUUGCAUAUUGCAAGACGAGAUUUUGUGGAUCGUUUAGUCAGUAACCCCACAUUAUUAUAUUUUAUAAAUAGUAAACCAAGUUGUGGUAGUAGUUUAGUCAGUAGUUUAGUCGUGGAUGUACACUGUAUAGUGGUUAGCGUUAGGGUUAGGGUUGGACUGAUUUGAGGGCAAUACUCAGUUAUAUUGUUUCGACUACAAAUGAAUAGAUUUACAUAAGUAUUUAAUAAAUUAUUUUGACACCAAAAA